AUGUGGCACUGCAUACUCUUCGUCUUGCUCGCUCCUCUGUGGACACUGGUCACGGUUGUUGCCUCUCCAAACCCAGCUGGAUUCUCGCUCGCCGUGAACCCAAAAGCAGAUGCCUCUCGGAACUUUGUGCGCGAUUGGGCUGCUGCUCGACACAAAUGGGGCAAGGGAGUGCCCAGAGAGAUUGCAUCGGCGUUUGCUCUGAGUGACAGUCUUGGCAUUGUUGAUGUCGAACCCAUGGGAAGCGACGAUAUCUACGUAGCCGAUGUGCAGAUUGGAAGUCCCCCACAGACAUUGAAACUGGCCUUGGAUACUGGAUCUUCAGACUUAUGGAUCCAAUCCACCGAUACUAUGUAUCGUGUCAACGAAAAGGGUCCAUGGGCUCCACGAUAUCACCCAAAUGACUCCACAACAGCCCAUCUCAUCCAAGAUGCCAGAUGGUCGGUGCAAUAUCUGGACGGCACCGCAGCCGAUGGCAUUGUCUAUCAUGACACGGUCUUGCUAGGCGAUUUUACAGUGGUAAACGCAACCGUUCAGUCUGCGAAAAUGGUCACCAGCCGUUUUGAAGAGGAAAUCGAAUUGAGUGGCAUCUUGGGCUUGGCCAAGAGACUACCAAACAACAUUGAACCGCCGGCACCGUCUUUCCUCAGCUUGUUGCGGCAACAGCUCCGACAUCAGGUUUUUGGUGUCGACUUGAAUAGAAAUGCCUCAGGAGUCUUUACUUUUGGCUACAUCAAUGAAAGCCGGGCCUCUGACGAAAUCACAUGGGUCGACACUGACCCUGACAGCCCCCAUUGGGACGUCGAGUUCAAUCUCACCACCUGGGGGGAGACGACCACGCCAUGGUACUCGCAAAAGUUUACAGCCACCAUCGAUACUGGUACCACCUUGAUGUUCUUGCCCGAUAAUUUGGCCAGCGGAUACUGGUUCACGAUCCCAGGCAUGAAGGUCGACGAAAGGCUGGCGAAUGCCUUCACGUUCCCCUGUGAAGUCGCCAAAGAUUUGCCCAAUCUCAUGCUCAAAAUACCCGGCAGCAGCCGUACCCUUACCAUUCCAGGCCCGUACCUCAACUAUGGCCCUGUUGAGAUUGAUCCAUCCUACUGCUGGGGAGGUAUGCAGAGCGCCGAGGAUCUGUCCGUGACUGUCUUGGGGGACAUUAUGCUCAAGGCUCUGUACCUGGCAUUUGAUCUCGAAAGGGGGCGAGUAGGAUUUGCCAACAAACAUCUGCAUGAUGUCUAG